AUGAACGUUGGCGUCAUUAUUAAGAAAAUGGAAUGUCCGACCUGCAUUGUUGAAACCUUUUUUUCUGUUUACCUCUGGGUGCUCAUCAAUGGCGUGAAGGAGCACUUGGACGCCGUUGAAGCUGAUAUUUUUCACGAAUUCGAGGAGGUUGCCUCCAAAGUAGGUCUAGAGCCAGGGAAGUCCAUAAAAUUGGAAUCUGCGGAAGGAGUCGGAUAUUUUCUCCGAGUAACGCUUAAGAUGGAGAAGCAGAUUCGCGGAAUCGAUUGGUUAAAGAAGAUUGACAUACAGAAGGCUGGAGUGCGUUGCCGAUCGACAGAAAUGAGUCUUCUUAAUGAUCGUCUUAUUGCUUUGAAAGAGGAGUACGCGAACACUCAAAUGGCCAUCGUCAAAGAAAUUCUCACUGUCGCGGGUGAGUUCCUGGGAGAUUGGUGGUAUGGACGCAUG